CAGCCCUGUAGCGUCAGGAUUGCGUCAAUUCGGGUUUCAGCCACGUCUGGAGUCUCGGAGACCAGCUUUUCAGAAGAGCCAAAACAGGAACCGGGUAGGGUGGCACAUUGCUGAUAGCAAGCGCGGACCUUCCUCCAGCCCCUCCCGCGGCAGGUGUUGGCCUCUGGAUCUGUUGUGUUUCCCCUGGAAACCUCAUUCCAGGUUCUUCCAGGUGAAAUCUGCCCGGAGUUCUUUCAGCACCUCGGACAGAGCACGCAGAAAACAUGGCUCCUAUCGCCAGCAGCCGCGUGGAAUUUGAUGAAAUUCCCACAGUAGUGGGGAUCUUCAGUGCAUUUGGCCUCGUCUUCACCGUCUCUCUCUUUGCCUGGAUCUGCUGCCAGAGAAGGUCGUCUAAGUCCAACAAGACUCCUCCAUACAAGUUCGUGCAUGUGCUGAAAGGAGUUGAUAUCUACCCAGAAAACCUAAACUGCAAAAAGAAGUUUGGAGGAGAUGACAAAAAUGAAGCGAAGAAUAGACCAGCUGCGCCCAAAAUUUCACUGCAUCUUGAUCUGGAGAAGCGAGAUCUCAAUGGCAACUUCCCCAAAACCAACCUCAAAGCUGGCAGCUCUUCUGAUCUAGAAAGUGCUACCCCUAAGCUCUUCACAGAAACAGAAAAGGAGGCCACUUCCCCUGAGAGCUUGAAGUCCAGCACUUCCCUCACUUCCGAGGAGCAGGAGAAGCUGGGGGCACUCUACCUGUCUCUAGAGUACAACUUUGAGAAGAAAGCAUUUGUGGUGAACAUCAAGGAAGCUCGGGGCUUACCAGCCAUGGAUGAGCAAUCCAUGACCUCUGACCCGUACAUCAAAAUGACAAUCUUGCCAGAGAAGAAGCACAAAGUGAAAACCAGAGUGCUGAGGAAGACACUGGAUCCUGUUUUUGAUGAAACCUUCACCUUCUACGGGAUCCCGUACCCCCACAUCCAGGACUUGUCCUUGCACUUCACAGUUCUGAGUUUUGACAGGUUUUCAAGAGAUGACGUCAUUGGAGAAGUGCUCAUUCCACUUUCAGGGAUUGAAUUAUCAGAUGGAAAAAUGCUAAUGGAUAGAGAGAUCAUCAAGAGAAAUGCUAAGAAGUCUUCUGGACGGGGUGAACUUCUGGUCUCUCUCUGUUAUCAGUCCACUACAAACACGCUCACCGUGGUUGUCUUAAAAGCGCGGCACCUACCGAAGUCUGAUGUAUCUGGACUUUCAGAUCCCUACGUCAAAGUCAACCUAUACCACGCCAAGAAGAGAAUCUGUAAAAAGAAGACUCACGUUAAAAAACGCACUCCCAACGCCGUGUUCAACGAGCUGUUUGUCUUUGAUAUUCCUUGUGAGAGUCUUGAAGAGAUAAGCGUUGAGUUUUUAGUUUUGGAUUCUGAAAGGGGAUCCCGGAAUGAGGUGAUUGGGCGGUUGGUCCUGGGUGCCACAGCAGAAGGAAGCGGCGGGGGGCACUGGAAGGAGAUCUGUGACUUUCCCAGGAGGCAAAUUGCUAAGUGGCACAUGCUCUGUGAUGGCUAGCUUCCUGGCCGUGAGCCGGAACUUAAAAAGAUUUUUUUACCAGGCGAGAAGCAUUUUUCUUUCUUAUACAUGAUUGUAAGCUUGUGGCACAUCAAGCUACUUUAUUAUUUCUUUUUUACUUACUGAUUUAUUUUGGUUAGAAGUAGGCCAGAAAAUAGUUGUGAAUGUGCAUCAUGAUGAUCUCCUCCUCUAUUAGAGGUGUUGGCCAAAUUUUCAUAAGAUAUUCAGUUUCCCCUGUGUGGUUGGUAUAAGUGAUCCAACCAGCCUGCUAUGAACACAUUAACUUAGUCUCAAGUCACAGAUGUUUGCUGUAGGCAACGAUUUCACUUUUGUCUUGGUAGUGGAAAUCCAGGUGAUUGUAAAGAGUGAAACACAAAACCCACACCUUAUUGUAUGAAAAUUAAUCCAUGUUUCUUCAGGUUGGGGAGAUAGGUUUUAUUUAAAUCCAAAGAUAUUUCAGAAAUGUCCUCAAGUCCGUUUUUCAGUUAAACAUGUCAUGUUCAAACGAAAUGAUUGCUUAUAUAUAUAUCAAAGUAUGCCGAUGCUGUCAUUCCUAUUUGGUUUGUAAUUAUUUGAUACAGUCUCAACCUAAAAGGAGUAACUUAGGUUCAUUUCAUAGAGACAGCAAACAAGCUGAGAAAUUAAUUUAUUAAAGGGCUGAAUUGAAGACCACUGUGGUUGAAAUGAGAGGUUUGUUUCCUAACAUCCCAGGUGAGUCGUGUAAAAUAUAGCUUCACCUAAGAACCGUGGUCUGACUUAUCCACUGCCCAUCACAAGCCUCAGUGUGGCCUAAGGCAGUCCAUUUACCUUUGUCAAAUUGUCAGACCACUUAGCAGAAAAAAAUUAACUUAAGCUAGAAUUUCAGUUAGGAAUACAGCUUUAAAAAAA